GAAUAAGAAAUGGUAAUGAUAUUUGAAUAGAUAAAAUGACAGGUUUUCCCCUGCCUGUUGGUAGCAUGCCUACUGUUGGAUAUGGCUGCUGGAAGUUAGGAAAAGAUAAAGCUGCAGACAUAGUUGAAAAAGUGAUCACCAUGGGAUACCGUCACAUUGACUCCGCUUCUGAUUAUGGAAAUGAAAAGGAGGUUGGAUUAGGUCUGAAGAGAGUUAUAGACAAAGGAAUCUGUUCCCGGGCUGAUCUGUUUGUUACUUCCAAACUUUGGAAUACAUACCACCACCCAGACAAUGUUCUUCCUGCUUGCAAGCGAACUCUGAGUGAUCUCGGCCUUGAGUACCUGGACCUGUACCUAAUACAUUUCCCAAUCAGUCUCAAGUUUGUUCCAUUUGAAACAAGGUAUCCUCCCGAAUGGUUUCAUGACCCGGAUGCUAAGGAUAAAAAAAUGGAGUUUGAACAAGUUCCUGUGCAAGAUACUUGGAGAGCGAUGGAAAAAUUAGUGGAUGCAGGGCUUGUUAAGAAUAUUGGAGUUAGUAAUUGGAAUUGUCAAGGACUAAGAGACCUCCUUUCCUUUGCUAGAAUCAAACCUUCAGUUCUCCAGAUUGAGUUACACCCAUACCUACAGCAGCCUAGGCUGGUCAACUUUGCACAAAGCAAUGGACUAGUUGUAACUGCUUUCUCUCCCAUGGGACAUGGGGCCUCAUACUUCAAUCAGAACUGUUCUACAUUGAACGAGAAGAUAAUCCAAGAGAUAGCGACGGAGAAGGGGGUGCAACCUGGACAGGUCAUUCUCAGAUGGGGUGUUCAAAGAGGGUGUGCAGUUAUUCCUAAGUCAGAAAAUGAUGAUAGAAUCCGGCAAAAUUUGGACGUAACAGGAUUCGAGCUAACUGAUGAAGAAAUGAAGAAAAUUGCAACUAUUGAUCGAAAUAUGAGGUUCAAUGAUCCUGGCGUAUUUUGUCCGGCUGCCUUCAAUACAGAAUGUCCAAUUUGGGAUUGAAGAGUCGUUCUUGAUUCCAGGGACCGAAUUUAAUUAAUUUGAGCUACAGUGCUUAACUAUACCUACUGCCGGUUUAAACACCACCGAGUUAAAGUUAAAGAUUAACGAAGGAGUUGAAUCGGCGAUUCAAAUUUGAACCGGCGUUGGGCAGUUCAGCGACUCUGCAAAUUCAUUAAAUUCGGUCCCAGGUUGGAUAAUUUUAUAACUUAAAGAUGUUUAAUUUUGAGAAUAUCUGUGACGAUAAUUUUAUCUUGAAAUAUAGAUUCAGUUUUUCCUA